AAUAACACCCCUCUAUGAUGCUGCCCUGCCUCCUCCCAUCAGUCUCUCCUCUCACCGGUGUGUUACUACACGGUCGUAUUUGACAGCGACACCAACGCAGAACAAGCAGCAACUAUGGCUAAAAGUGAUGGAGGAGAUUACUUUAAAAGAACCAGCCUGUUCUGGAUCGUCUUCGUGAUCCUGGGGAUGGGAUAUUUCACUUGCAUCGUGUUUGCACCAGAGAAAAUCCCAUUUGAGUACCUUGGUGCAUUUGGCACCUUCUGCAGCUACCUUGUGGAAAACUAUUCUGGCCUUAUGUACAAAGGGUGGUGGGCCGCCUGGGCUAUCCAUGUUUAUGAGGCUUAUGUUGCGUUGAAGAUGUGCAGAACUAAAGGCAUCAACGACACAACCACUCGCUGGCUGUGGGGCGUCCAGACCUUUCUGUUUGGCUUCGCCUCCCUCGGCCUGCUCCUCAAGUACGACCCCGAGCGUCCCAAACAGCACUGACUCCGGCUGGAGAAGCCCACAGAACAACACCAGAAAAUCAAUCGCUUCCUCAUGCCUCUUCCUCUUCCACUGUCUUCCUCUUUGAUAUGAAAUCUUUGAUAUGAAGUGCAGGAAGACACUUUUCUCUUAUACUAUUUCUUUUAACAUAUAACAUAUCUUUGAAAGAGACACUACAAUUUUUCCAUUUCAUUCCAUAGAUUUUCUAUUAAUGAACCAUAGAAGUUUGUAUUGAUAAUAAUAUUAACAGAGAUUAUUUCAGAGUUCUCUAGAUGAAUUGCUGGAUAUUUAGUGCAAUACAAUGGGAAUCUUUUAUGAACUUAUUUUGUACUCUCAUGAUGUUUAUAUUCAGCCUUGUGAUGGCUGUUGGGAUAUUUUCUCAGCUGCUGCGGUGAAGUCAGGUUGGCUGCAGAUGGUGCGCUGCCAUCAGCCUCAAAAGUUCUCCAGGAUAAAAAUAAAGAGAGCUGCUGUAUGCAUUACAAAUCCCCAUUUGCCUUUCAUAUACUGAAGUGCUUUGAGUUUUAAACUACAGACUGGAAGUUGUUAAUGUUAACACUGCAAAAAUAAAGAGUGACUUACAAACUGCA